ACGAGGAGGAGUAACUAUUCAGGACCGCCAUAAUGGAGGACAAACAGAAUGCUGCACGUUUUGAAAAAGUUGAUUCUGGUAUACCAUCCAAGAUCCACCGUACCAGCGCCCAAGAUGUCAUACGAUGUGACCUGUGUGAAACACCUGUCCCUCCACUUUACUGUGACAUCUGUCACAUCAGUCUCUGUAAGGCAUGUACUGGAGAACAUAUCUUAAAAGAAUCAAAAUUGCAUAUAGUAGUGCCGAUCAAACAUCAAAAGUCAAGUCCUAUCUUUCCCAAAUGCCCAGAACAUACAGCAAAACUAUGUGAACUCCAUUGUAACCGAUGUGACAUUCCUAUUUGUGUACAAUGUAUUACUUCCAAGAAGCAUGCGGCUCAUGACGUAAUCGACAUAUUGAAUUUUAUUGAAAAAAAGAAUAAAGCAUUACAAGCAGAUUUAGAAGAGCUAGGGAAAAUAAUUUAUCCUAAAUAUCAAGAAAUUGCAUCCUCUUUCUUGAUCCAGAAAGAUGAUGUAGAUAGAAACACUGAAAAAUUGAUAUCAGCUAUCAAUAAGCAAGGUGCAGAAUGGCACAGAGAAAUAGACACCAUCAUGAGAAAAAUGAAAUCUGGAAUUGAAAACACGGUAUCUGAAAACCUGGUUGUCCUUGAAAAACAAGAAGUCGAAAUAAAGCAUAGUCUUUCAGAAAUUACACUCAACAUCAAUGAACUGAAGAAACUAUUGGACUCUAAUGAUGCCAAGCUUCUUUCUAAGUACAAAUCUAGAAAUGCAGAAUUCAGAAGAUUGCCUCCCAAACUCGUUAUUUCUUUACCAAACUUUUCUCCUCAAAGAAUUGACACAGACAAACUAUUUCAACAGUUCGGUUUUUUGACAGCACUUUCCAUAACAACAGAAGAACGACUUUAUCCACUUAUUUCCCCUGAAAUCGACAUUUCUUGUCAGAAAUGUGAGAAAUGGGAGGAGGAACAGGAACCGGAUCCGUUGGAUGAGAAUAUAGACUAUGAAAAUUAUGAGGAAUAUUAACAAGAAAAUGGAGAAUCUUGCAAUUGCAUUGGGUAAAAAACCCCACAGCAUUAUAAACACAUCUCUCUCGGCCAAUGACUGCAAUGACUAUACAUACCACAAUAAUACAGUCCCUCAAUCAAGUUUGAAUUCAAUGAUUGCAAGAGUUCUGUCGGAAAAAUCUAUGCAUUUAAAUGCAUCAUAAUGAUACAAUUGCUGAUGAUUUCCUGUGCCCUCGAGAACUGACAACAGGUGUCGUGCAUAUUAAUCAAGGGGGAACAGGGGGUUGCAGUGUAAAAUUAUUUGUCAAUGAAUUUUUGUGUGCUUUUUUUAAAAUAUAUUUACAUUAAGAUGUCCACUACAACAUAUAUCAUUUUCAUGAUUACUUUCUUACUUUGCAAGGGAGAUAUUUUAAUAGAAAUUAUCCCCCUUUUCUGGCAUAAUGAAUUUUUUGAACAAUUUGAAUUUUCUCCAAUAAUUAUUUUAUUUGAUGAAUCAUAUUAAUUAAUUUUUAGAACGAAAACAAAUUUCAAAAUUGUUUACAACAUUUGCUUUUUUAUAUAGCAAUAUCAUACUUUUAUAAAUAAUUAUAUUGCUGAAAUGAGCACUUCAAAUUUUGAAGUAUUUGAUUCUAAAUAAAUUUGAACAAAGUGUGAUGGCACAAAAAAAAUUGUUAAAGACAUUUUUUUUUAAAUUUCAAAUUGGAAAUGCAAGUAACAUUUGACAAAAACUCAAUUUUAUUUGGAAAAUAUAAAGAGAAAAUUUUAUAAAGUACAUAAUCUUUUAAUUCUAAUAAUAAAACAAUACAUAUUUCGUAGAUAUAAAGAAGUUCCAAAGCUGAAUUUUGAUGCACUCGAAAAUAUAAUGAAAAACAGAAUAUCCGUGGAGAAAUAUAUUUUGCUUAAAAAUUGUAGAUUCUCAGAGUUUGAAAGGCACUGGCAAAAAUAUGUGACUUAUUAUUAUGAUAUACUAGCUAUAUUUAUAAGAUUUAAUAGGUUAUAUAAUAUACUAAUGUACACUUUUCUUUCAUCUUACUCUCACUAACUUCCUUUUUCAAGUUGUAUACAGGUACAUUUGUAAAGAGUUAUAUGCAUAACAUAUAGGCCUACAUUAUGUUCUUUUUCUUUAAGAGACAAGCUAUAAUUACAUUGUGAGAUAUGUGUACUUGUAUCCUUUGUAUCUGUUUCUGCUGUCUUUGUCUUUGUCAAUAAAUCUUGUAAAAAAAAGUAAUUUAAAAACUAAAUAAAGAGUUUUUGUAAAUAUUUUAUAAAUAAAACAUGCUUAAAAUAUUUACAGGUUCAUGUUCACUAUCAGGUUCAAAUUUAAUGACUUAUACAAGAUUGCUGUUGCACUUGUAGUUCUCAAAGUAAGGCCCCGUAACAUUUCACGCUAAUGGCGGAGUUGACAAUCUCUGUUAUUUCUGUCUCUGAUUUUCGGAGUAUGAUUUUUAAUGAAGGGAACGGUUGUAUCGUAAUUCGCGUAGGUGAUGCACGAGUUUACACAAAAAAGUAGUAAGUGACGAACGGAUUUAUUUUUACUUAUUAAUUUUGCAUGAAUCGCAAAUGAAGAAAAUCGUGUCAGAUAAGUCAGUCUUAAAAAUCAAAAUGGCGUGACAAAUCUUUUUAUUGUCAAAGUUCUUAGAUUCUUAUUGUAAAAAA